CAGUGCACACUGCAGGAUCCAGAGAGGGUUUCAGGAGCUCUGAUCAAUGUGGCAAAGCACCUGGGCAACCUGAAGUUCAGAGUCUGGGAGAAGAUGCUGGAGACUAUUCAGUACACUCCUGUGACUCUGGAUCCCAACACUGCACACCCAAAACUCAUCCUGUCUGAGGAUCUGACCAGUGUGAUAUGGGGUGAUGAGAGACAGCAGCGUCCUGAUAACCCAGAGAGAUUUGAUUCCUAUGUCAGUGUCCUGGGCUCUGUGGGCUUUAACUCAGGGACUCACUUCUGGGAUGUGGAGGUUGGAGAGAACACACUGUGGAGUGUGGGUGUGAAAGCAGAGUCUUUUCAGAGGAAGGGACAAUAUGAUAAUGUGAGUGGAGAGUGGUCUGUGUUUUAUAAAGAUGGUAAAUAUGCAGCUUGUGCUCCACCACAGCCCUCCACUCUGCUCACAGUGAAGCAGAAACUCCAGAGGAUCAGAGUGCAGCUGGACUGGGACAGAGGACAGCUGUCAUUCUCUGACCCUGAUAAUAACACACACUUACACACUCUCACACACACUUUCACUGAGAGAGUGUUUCCAUACUUAAACACUACCCAUAAACUCCUUCCUCUGAGGAUCCUCCCAGUGAAGGCCUCAGUAAGAGUAGAGCAGCACAGGUAGAGCUGAUUCUGCCUCUUCACCAGAACUGACUCACAGAGAGGGAAGCUGGAGAAAACUGUAUGAUAAACGAUGACAAUGAUGAUGCACUCACCUUAUACCAUACACUGUGAAAUCUGAUAGCUAUUCUUACUUAAAAGGUUUAGUAAGUAUAACUCAGUUUUUGUCUCGUUGAUUAUGCUGAUUUUGUCUUUCGAGAUUACUUGCCUAAAAUGAGUGUAAUUCAAUAUCGAGGUGGAAAAAUAAACAUGAUCAUUUAAAUAAAGUAAACUCUAUUGCUAAAGUUUUACCACACUGAAGUUAGAUAGUUAACCUUGCUUAUAUCAGAGCCCAUUUAGGGAGAGACGGUUC